AUGAUUCACUCUCUUGCAGCAACAAUGAGCAACCAACUUCAAAACACCUCUUCCCUCUCCACGGCGGGCACGUGGAAUCUCCUGGAUGUGCGUAACUCAUCACCGGUGCGAACGGCAGAGCUGAGGCCGCUUCCCGUUAGCCCGUGGGACAUUGCGCUGUGUGUGACGGGCACGCUCAUCUCCUGCGAGAAUGCAAUCGUGAUCGCCAUCCUGUUCUACACGCCCACCUUGAGAGCCCCCAUGUUUAUUCUGAUAGGGAGCCUCGCGUUUGCUGACCUGCUCGCAGGACUCGGCCUCAUUCUCAACUUCAUCUUCAUCUAUAUGCUGAACAUGGAGUUUGUAACUCUGAUCUCCGUUGGCUUGCUGAUUGCCGCCUUCUCUGCAUCUGUGCUCAACAUCCUGGCCAUCACAGUGGAUCGCUACUUGUCCCUCUACAACGCUCUGACCUAUCACACGGAGCGCAUGGUGACAUUCACCUAUGUCAUGGUGGUUCUCAUUUGGCUGGUGUGCAUCAUCCUGGGCCUACUGCCAGUGCUCGGCUGGAACUGCCUCCGAGAUGAGACCAGCUGCAGUAUCUGCCGGCCAGUCACCAAGAACAAUGCUGUGGUACUCGCUGUGACGUUCUUGCUGGUGUUUGCCCUCAUGAUGCAGCUUUACCUACAGAUCUGUAAGAUUGCCUUCCGCCAUGCGCAGCAAAUCGCUGUUCAGCACCAAUUCAUGGCCAUUUCCACCACAAAAGGUGUAUCCACGCUCUCCGUCAUCCUCUGCACCUUUGCUGCAUGUUGGAUGCCUUUCGCCAUGUAUUCGAUUGUGGCAGACUCCCGCUACCCGAUGAUCUACACGUAUGCAACAGUGCUGCCGGCAACAUGCAACUCGGUCAUAAACCCAAUCAUAUACGCUUACAGAAAUCCGGACAUCCAGAAAUCCCUGUGGCUAGCCUGCUGUGGAUGCGUGCCGUCCAACUUUUCCUUGCGGCCAAGGACAUCGAGCGAUGUAUAGGUCUCACAUAAUUAGUUUGUACGGUGUCAGUGUCAAUGAUAUGAUGUACUUCCUUGAUGGGAUCCCAGUCAAACAUUGCUGGUUGUGCAGUAGGUGUUGCGAUCCAAGAUGACAACCUGCAAUAUAUAAUUAGACGUAUUUAAUGCAUAGCAAACCUCCAUGCACAAAUUUUCAAGUUGUAUCAGACAUAAGACAGUUCAAACUGAACAUGACCUGAAUAAUCCUGAUAUUCUGAGAUGUGUAGUACAGACCCAGUGACACAAAUCGAUAUAUUAUAUGUGACCCUGGAGCAAAAAAUUAUACUUAUGACUGUUUUUUUGGUCCAAGGUCACAUAUAUCUAAUCUAAAUAUAUAUAUAUAUAUAGAAAGGUAUAUCAAUUUAAAAUUAUAUAUAAUAUUUUGUAAACAAAAUUAUUACAAAUCUGACCAAAUUUGUGUGAAGACCGCUUUCAUGUACAUGUUCAUGCUAUACGGAUUUAUUUCAGCACCACGGACAGCAGUAGGUACAAUGAGGCUAUUCCCUUGCAAACUCGCCUGAAACACUUAAAUCUGUGUUCACUUAAAAAUGUAUGAAUGACAGAGAGAAAACACGGUCCCAUGAGCGUCUGUCGCUUUCCAGCUAAUUUUAUCAAAAAUGACCUCUUUCAUUUAAGCCGAAUUUAUUUGUUGUCAUUUGCAGUGAAAUUCAAUAUAAUAGAUGUAAAAAUCCCUGGGAAAAAUCCAAUUUGUUUAGACAUGCUGAAUUGGUUUAUUAUUAUCUAACGUCCCUAAUGACAGUGAAAUAUCUUCUGCCACAAAGUUGUAAAGCAAAUCAUAUUUUCACACUUUUUUUUUCUUCUGGAAUCCAUUGAGCACACAUUUUGGUUUUAGUGCGAAAUGCUGGGUUAAUGAAGGUCUGAGUGCGAAAUGAGGUGCCAGCCACAACGCUUUAAAUUUAACGUCAGGCAACAUCUUUCAAGACAGUUUUGCAAAAAGCCAACUGAGACAUCAACGCUUAAAUAAGAUACAUGCUUCUGGGUCUGUACAGAAAAAUUAUCUGGGUGAUUAUUAGAUAUAACUGAGUGUGUAGACUGUAAAAUUAGUCCAUCGGAUCAGGGAUCAAUGUUAGGGGCAGGCUAUUGUGUAAAUAGAUCUGCAUGAAGGCUUAUUAAAAGAUCAGAUAACUAGGCCAAAAUGGGACAGAAAGUACUAAAGUUAAGAUUCAGCCAAAAAGACCUUGAAAAAAUGUUGAAAUGGAUUUAUAUUUUGCUGUACAACCAAAAAAAAAAAAAAAGAAAAAAAAAAAAGGACGACACAGAGAAACACUAUGCUUUUCAAAAUGGCACAAAAAAAACAUCACUAAAUGCUAAUGAAUUAGUUGUAGAAAUAUUUUAUAUGCACAGAUAUUGGUGGAGCUUGAAAUAUGACCAUAACAAAGCCUUGUGUUUAUUGAGAGUGUGUGAAAUGUCACAGCUGUUCUUUGAUGACCCCUCAUUUGGGGCAAAGUAUCUUAAUUUUGGCCUUACCUUUUCUCUUCUGCAAUAAUGAAUGAAAGUGCAACGUUCAUUGAUAGAGCUACAAUCACAAUGAGGCCAUCAACAGAGCUAAUUUUACUUUGUGACUUUAAUGUAAUAAAAACAGACUGAGAAUAGGUUAGUGAGAAGAGGGUGUUUUAACACUUAAAAUCAAUUGUACUGUUUUCUAGGAUGUGCUUUUACAUCGUAGUACAAGUUUUCAAAGUUGGCCUUGAGAGCCGUCCAGGUGCCCUCUGACUAACCUCAAAACUCUUAGUGACCUGUACGAAACAUGAUGGACUUUUAUGUGGAGUUAUUUCACAGUCUGGACACUGUGAAACAAUUCUCCAGUCUUUUUUUGCACGAUUGUGCGAUACGCCUGAUUGUUUGUGGUUGUGUGUGCGAGAGAGACCAUUUGUUUAUAUACCACUCACUUAUGUCAGGAGUGGGGUUCAGUGACCUGUAACACUGUGCCCACUUAUAAAAAAAUGAAAAAAUAAAUAACCCAACCAACGUAAUACACGACACUUAGCAAAUAUCAGUUUUUUUUCAGCAAAUCUCUACCAUUCAGUAAUGUAUCUCCAUUACAAUGUACUCAAGGGGAUGCCAUAAAUUCAGUUUGUUCAGGGUUGCAGCGGUUAUUUUUCUUAUGCAAUGCUGUAUGGAAAUGUAUAUUUUUAUACACAUCAGGGCAUGAGUUUUAUGAUGUUGUUUUGGUGUUUGUGUGUAUAUAUGUGUGUGUUCAGUACCUGGAUUAUUAUUGAUGGUUUCCUAGAAAAAAGCAAACACAGAAAGAAAAAAACAAAACAAAAAACUAAUGAAACUAAAAUUAUGGCAAGGAGGAAAGUGCCAUAAUUUCACAUGCUAGUGUCUUAUUGAUUUCAUGUGUUUAUCAGAUCAGUAAAAACUUUGUAAUUUGUAACAUCACCUGAAUGUGUCGAAAGUACCGUUCACCUUCAAAUUUGCAGCAGGUGAAACACAGCUUGGUGUCCAGAUAGUUGAUUUCUAGUGAGCUUGACUACUGAACACAGACAGGACAUAGUCGGUUUACUAGUGGUUAGAUUUAACAGAUGGGUCUAAAAGUUAAAACUAAAAAAUAGGCCCUGAGAACCAGGUGGUGUGCACUUUCUAUGUCAGGGAAAUGGUUGCAUUCCACCCUUUCUUUUGGACAUUAGAGCUCACUACGGCUACCGGCAGAGCAAUGCUGUCCUCUCUUUAGCGUUCUGUUGGACUGGGACAGCCCUUUUGUGUGCCAGACUACAGUCAGAUGGUCCACCCCCAGCCUCAUGCUCAAAAGUGACCUAUCUAAUUACUAACUCAACAGAUAUCAUCACAGAAUUGAAGUGUGCCAGGCAGGCAGCCAUCUAGAAUUUCACACAUCUUUAGUCAGUAUUUGAUCAAAUACGAGCAGACUGCAUUCCUCUGGAGCUACAGUAUACGUGAUGGAGGCUACAUUUUGCAAGUAACAAAUAGAGAAAAAAGACAAAUCUAGCGUGGGACCAGCGUACCUUAGUCUUCUGUCGUGAUGUCAGUGCUGGCGUACAUAAAUGGAGAGAGGUCGUCUAAAUGACAGCACUUAAAUGCAUGGAAGCUCUAUUAUCACUAAAUCUGGCCCUGCUAAAAAUAACCUUGAAGAGCAUGAAAUGUUACAUUUAUCUGGGGUACUUGAAAUCCGUUUUCUGGGCCAUUAAGCAGAGCUCUGUGUUUCCCAUCAAAAGCUACAUUAGAGCGAGAAGGCGCCUUUCUAAAAUAAGGGAGGGGAGAGACACAGUAAGCCUUUAGAAGAGCCUCUGGGGUUAUGUAACCACUGCAACCAAAUGUUGUCCAUUCUUUAAAAUCAAAAUCUCUGUUGCGCUACUGAUGGCGUCUCAGUAUGAUCUACAAUCACUUUUGCAAUCAUCUAUAGAUCUAAAGGAACGUUUUUGUGUGGGUAAAUGGUCAGCAUAAAGAUGUGGCCCUUAUUAACAAGGGGUCAGAGAUGUGGAUGGGUGCUCUGAUACUGUGAUGUAAUCGUUGUUGAUCAUUUUCUUGCUUUGUUUGUUUCUCUUUGUAUUGUGACCUGAAAUCUGACAAGUACGAUGCACUUUAUAAAAGGAACAUGCUACACGUUGCAAUGUAAGUGUGGAAUGUAAUCCUUCUUAAAAAUUAUUUAUUUUUUAUUACUGUAAAGAUCACAAACCUGAGACAAAAAGAGAGUGAGUGAAACAAAAAAAAAAAAAA